AUGGUAGUUAAAUGGACUUCAAGUUUAAAUAUUUCUUUAACCCAAGCAGCAAGAUCAACAAGACAUUCUGCUGUUGUAAUACUUAUAGGUAAAGCAACCAAAUUAACUCCAUAUCAACUUGUAUUCGGGCAACAACCUCAAGCAGAUUUACAAAUGAUUUCAAUGCUCCAUCGACAAAAUAUUAUUUAUGAAGAAGAUAUUCCAUUAGAAAAUCAAUCAUUAUUAAAUAAUAAUAAUCAAUCAAAUAUAACGAUUAAUGAAAAUAAUAAUAGGAUAAUUAUAAUUGAAGACAGUGAUAAUGAUAAUGAUCUUGAAUCUCUUAGCGAUAGUAUUAUUGAAAAUAAAAUGAGUAUUGGUAUAUCACGAGAUAAUAGCAUUGUUGAAAAUAAAAUGAAUAUAUCACGAGAUAAUAGUAUAGUUGAAAAUAAAAUGAGCAUAUCACGUGAUAAUAGUAUGAUUGAUAAAGAACAUAUAGAUAUUGGUUCAUUAUAUCGAUAUGAUUCUAUAGACUUUGAAAAUGAUAAUUUUGAUAUUUUAUCAGAUGAAAUGUUUCAAGAAAACUAUAAAUCAUAUGAAGAUUUAUCUCAAGCUGAUACGAUUAUUGACUUAACCCAAGAAAAAUCACAAUAA